AUGGCGGAGAUGAAAAGAAUGUCUACACAGGACCAGCUGGCGAGGAAGAAGUACAUGGGUGCAAAGCCCAAGACAGGCCAAGACGCUGAUUUAGAGUUGGCUGCUGUGCUGAACCAGCGGGAUCAGAAGAAAGAGCUCUUCCCUGAGCAGGAGACUCACAGUGAGGUCACAGCUUUAGGGGUGAUGGUUACAGCUCAGCAUAGCUCUAAAUGCCCUCCCUGCCUGGUGCUCAAGUACCUGCCUGGCAUAGAGCAGAUGCAACAGCACCCGCACCUGCCCAGCCACUCCAUGGCCCUGGCCAACCUCACGUCCGCCCCAGAGUUCCUCCUCCUCGGCCUGAUGGACGGAACAGACAUCCACCCGCUGUUGUUCCUGCUCUUCCUUGGCGUCUACCUCCUCAAUGCCCUGGGCAACCUGAGCAUGGUGGUGUUGGUGAGGUCCGACGAGGCCCUCUGCUCCCCUAUGUAUUACUUCUUGGGUCACCUGAGCCUCGUGGACGUCUGCUUUACCACCAUCACGGUCCCCGGACUGCUGGCCGGCCUGCUCCGUCCGGGCCGGGCCGUGUCCUUCCAGGAGUGCUUUGCCCAGAUGUACUUCUUCGUGGCUCUGGGCAUCACGGAGAGCUACCUCCUGGCAGCCAUGUCCUACGACCGCGCGGUGGCCGUCUGCCGCCCCCUGCACUACAGCGCGGUCAUGACGCCCCGGCGCUGCGCGGUGCUAGUGGGGGCGUCCUGGGCGGUGGCCCACCUGCACUCGCUGCUCCACACGCUGCUCAUCUCCGCGCUCUCCUACCCGCGCUCCGCCCCCGUGCGCCACUUUUUUUGUGACAUGACUGUGAUGCUGAGCUUGGCGAUCUCGGACACGUCGGCCGUGGAGACUGCCAUCUUCUCCGAGGGCCUGGCCGUGGUGCUGACCCCGCUGCUCCUCGUGUCCCUGUCCUACGCACGCAUCCUCGUCGCGGUGCUGGGAGUGCGGUCGGCAGGGGGCCGGCUCCGCGCCUUCUCCACCUGCGGGGCCCACCUGGUGGUCGUGUCGCUUUUCUUCGGCUCUGUCCUCUCCGUCUAUUUCCGGCCGUCGUCUGCCUACUCGGCUAGCUACGACCGCCUGGUCAGCGUGGUCUAUGCGGUGGUCACACCCACCUUGAACCCUUUUAUUUACAGCCUUCGCAACAAAGAGGUCAAGGGCGCCCUAAAAAGGGGGCUCAAAUGGAGGGCUGCACCCCAAGAGGUGUGA